GAUACGCACGACCAACAUCAAAAUGAAGCUUAUAAGCUGUUAUGUUGGACUACUACUAGUGGGUCUAUGUAUGUCCAUUAAGGUAACUGAUAAUUCUUUGCCAAUAAGAAAUAAACAAUAUUUACCGCCACCCAUACAAGAAUUGCCCAUUAAUGACGAUUACUACAAUACGCAAGAGAGUACACAACAACAGCAGCAGCAGCAACAACAACAAGAAGAACAAAAAUUUGAAGAGAAAAAAUAUGCCAAUUCAAAAUAUCAAAUAUUUGAGGUUCAUAAUCAUUAUGAACCGCCCUCAGGUAAUGGAGAAAGUAUUAAGGAAUCGUCUUCACAAACGUCAGAAGAGAUACGCAUUGAACAUAUCAAUGCUCCUGCCGAUUUUCCUUUAGAUGAUCCCAGUUUAGAUGCUUCAUAUUUGGGUUUUGCUACCGGCAAUGAUGACAGCAAUCAACAGAUUAUUGUUAAACAUGAGAGUAAAAAUGUUGAAGGAACUUCGAAUAACAUACCAGUACCAUUCCCCUCCAAUUAUCGCCAUACUUUCCCUGAAAAAUCCAACAAACAACAAAACUAUAAUUCUGUGCAACAAUUUAAGGGUCCCAACUAUUUACCCCCCCAAAGGACAACUACACAGCAAUAUCCAAGACAACCAGUUCAGAAUUCUUUAACAACUUCAGCGCAAACUUAUCAGAAUGGACACAAUUCCGGUAGCAAAUCGGGUAAAGAAUAUUUGCCUCCUAUUCCUCAAAAAUCUGCGGUUGGAGGUCCAGCUCAAGCACCAUUUAAGGGUCCAGAUUAUUUACCUCCUCAGAAAAGGAAUAACAAUGAUGUAGCUCACUAUAAGGGUCCCGAUUAUUUGCCACCUCGCCCACAAGGAUAUCAACAGUCACAACAAAACUUUAACAACCGCCAACAAAAUUCUGCACAAGCUCAACAAAACUUUGGUCCAAAUUCUCAAUUUAAGGGUCCUGAUUACCUGCCACCCCAACAACAUGGUUCAACACCAGCACAACAAAACUUUGUAACAAACUCUGCCGAUUAUUUGCCACCACAACAUCAAGGUUCAGCACAAUCUCAACAAAACUAUCAACACAAUACCCAUUUUAAGGGUCCUGACUACUUGCCACCCUCCCAAAAAGGCUCCGCUCAAUCUGAACAACCCUACACCCCCAAUAAUCCCUUCAAAGGUCCCGAUUAUUUGCCUCCCUCUCAAAAGGGAUCUUCUCAAUCUGAACAUCCCUACACAGCUAAUAAUGCCUUUAAGGGCCCUGAUUAUUUGCCACCUGCUCAACAACAAACACAUUCUCAACAAACAACAUUCCGUCCAAGUAUACCAUAUAAUGAACCAGAAUACGUGCCAUUACAACAAACAGCAUUCAAGGGUCCCGAUUAUCUACCGCCUUAUCAAGGCAACUCGGUACAGCAACAAUUUAGACCUAGUACGACAUUUAAGGGAGCCGAUUAUUUACCACCUCAACAUCAUGUUUCAGGAAAAUCUCAACAAAUAAAUCUAAAUCAAAAUACUGGCUUCAAGGGUCCUGAUUACUUACCACCCAAACAACAACAGCAACAUAAUUCUCAAUUUAAGGGUCCUGAUUACUUGCCACCUCAACAGCAACAACAAAAUCACAACAACUUCCAGCCCAAUAAUCCCUUCAAAGGACCAGAUUAUUUGCCACCCUAUCAAAAUAAAAAUGAAGGCAACUUCAAAGGUCCCGAUUAUUUGCCACCUCAAGGAAAUCAGGUUCAAGAAUUAGAACAACAAGUCCAAAACUUGCCUUCAGGUUACGAUUUCCAGAAGCCUCCAAAUUCAGAACAGGCCAUCGCAGAACUACACACACUUCCCGAGCAAUCGCCACAAUAUCAAGAGGUAACUGUAAAAUCCCAAAUUCAAGUUGCCGGACGGGAACAAGGACCCGAUAUUGUUUAUGGAACUUCAAAACAUGCAAAUCCUCCCCAAAACAAGGGCUAUUUACCACCUGGUUAUGAUUUUCCCAAACCAGAAAAUUCCGAACAAACUAUAAAUCAACUGCACAAUCAAGAGCCUAUAACUGAUAGGCAACCCUUUAAGGCUGUCGAUUAUUUGCCACCUGGUUAUGACUUUCAGAAGCCUGCAAAUUCCGAACAGGCUAUAAAUCAAUUGCAUAGUUCAGAUCCAGCUUUACAGCCAACUAGCCGAUCGGCCACCGAAGAUGAAGGCUAUAGUGCACCUAGUUAUUUGCCUCCCGGUUAUGAUUUUCAAAAACCAGCUAAUGCUGAACAAGCCAUAAAUGAAUUACACAGUCUUCAAAACUCCUAUCAGUCCACACAAACUCAAGUAUAUAACCAACAGCAACAGUCUCAUUCUCAGGUAACACAAUUUAGACAAAAUUAUCAAACUCAAGCUUAUCACGGAACUCACCAGCAAUCGUAUUCCCAGGGUCAAGGCCAACAAGCAAAAGCUUCUGAAUAUUUACCUCCUACGAAUUCGGUUCAACAAAUAGAUCAACCAUCUGUGCAACCAUUUAAGGGUCCUGACUAUUUGCCUCCCUCUUCUGGUUCCCAAAAUUUCAAGGGUCCUGACUACUUACCUCCUUCAUCAGGUUCUCAAAACUUCAAAGGUCCCGAUUAUUUACCACCCACCACUGGCUCUCAAAAUUUCAAAGGUCCUGACUUCUUACCACCUACCACUGGCUCUCAAAAUUUCAAAGGUCCUGACUACUUACCACCCAAUACAGGAUCGCCAAACUUUAAGGGUCCCGAUUAUUUACCGCCCACGCCUGGAGCUCAAAACUUCAAGGGUCCUGACUAUUUGCCACCUGUAGCUUCCAGCCAAACAGCCGUUGCUCAGAACAAUCAAUAUUCAUCACAAACUUUUAAAGGUCCCGAUUAUUUACCUCCAGUUAAUGUCAAACAGUCUUAUCAAGGCCAUCAACAAACACAAUUCAAGGCCCCCGAUUAUCUACCACCCACGCCACAAGCCUUCAUACAAUCCACAAUGUAUCCUUUAAGCAGUUAUAUGACCAACGUAAAACCUCAUGAUCGAUAUGCCAACAGCAGAAGGCCAUUUCCUGAAUACGGGCUACCACCAAGCAAAACGGUUGUCAGUAACGACUUAUCACCCAUGUAUCGCGAACCGGCUUCCCGACCUCAAUAUUAUGCACCCACCAUGUCCUACACCACCAAUGCGUUCAACAGCCAAACCUACACAACCUUUGCACAGAAUCAAUACCAAAAUGCGCCAGCACUCAGUCAGCAAGCACGUGAAGCAUUGCAAACCUUCAUGCCUGAAGAUAUACGCCAAAAGACAGCCCCAAUCCGUUAUAAUGCCCCAACUGCCGUUACAGCGCCCACAACAAACGUGCAGACUACUAAAUCAGCUACGGCUAAAAUUCGCACCGUGCAAAUUGUCAAUCCCAAUGCCGUUAAAACUUUGAAAGUAUUAGAAUCUUUAGAUCAUACUGGAGUCAAGACUAUAAAGAUUUUGGGUCCUUCCCACGAAGAACCCAUGGGUGAUCAUCGUGUGGUCAAAGUGGUAAGUGGUGGUCAUGAGCAAAAUGUUCAAACAGUCAAGAUAUUCAAUGAUCAUCAAGAUGUUUCGGCCAAUGCAAAUGUUGGACAAACCCAAGGUAAUAGUUAUUUGCCACCCAGACGUAAACGUAAUCCCAAUAGCAAACCAAAGUCAUCAAAAGGUCAUCGCCAUAAGUAAGGGAAAAUAUCUACGUUUCCGGUCUGAGAGCUGUGCUGCGUUUUUAGCAGCACAUAGUACUGAUUAGUAUUAAUCACUUGUUAAUUAUUUUAGUUAUUCUUUUAUCCAUUAAUACCCAAAUCGUAAACUUUUGCAUAACAUUGAUGAAAAAUCAAAUUUAUUAAAAUUAUGUGAACACAUCAGUCAUUUGUAUUGCUGGAUCAUUAUCAUUAUGAUGUAAAUUUUAAUUUGAUUUGAUGUGAACUUGCACAUCAUAUUUGAUUGAUUUUAACGAUUUACGAUAUUCGUUGUAUCGCCUGCAUUUUGUAACAUUUUUUUUGUAAACGUUGUUAAAUUAGUUUGUAAGUUACGUUUCUGUUUUUAUUUGUUUUUAUAAUUUGUUGCCAUUUUUUGUUAAGUUAAUGUUUUAUGUUAAUUAUUUUGAAUCUUGCCAAUCUCAUUUGUCAGCCAAUUA